AUGCCCAAUAACAUAUGCUUAGACAAUAACACAGCACGUGUGAAAGUUAAAGGGCCGGAAUCUGAGAACUCAGAUGAGUGGACAAUCGUGUUAUAUUGGAAUGAUUUGCUCCAUAUUUGUGAAGAUAGUUCGUCUAGCUGUAUCAUUUCUCCAAAUUGCUUUUGGACAAAGGCAAUAGCCACCCUCCGCAUAUCAUAA